AUGACCAUUCAGAGAUGGGUCGGUUUAUCCUUUUGUCAGCUUACAAAGCAGCAAAUCUUAGUGAGCGGAUAUAUCAACAGCACCUCGACGUUCUUCAUUCCGCGUUGCACCGACUCUGGGGAUUUUGAGUCGAUACAAUGUGAGGGAGAACAGUGCUGGUGCGUAGACCACGAGGGGAUGGAGAUCUACGGGACGCGUCAGAUGGGCGAGCCGGCGCAGUGCCCACAGAGAUGUGCAGUAAGAGGUCGCCGGAUCCUGCACGAUGUCGGUGAGAAGGUUCUUCCUCAUUGCUCCAAGGAUGGGGGGUUCCAGCCCGUCCAGUGCAAACUCGUCAGCACAACAGACCAGAUGGUUUUUGACGUUGUGUCAAGUUUCAGCAGGUUUCCAAAUGCCUUUAAGUCAUUUACGUCCCUGAGAGAAUCAUUCCCAGAGAUGUCUGGAUACUGUUAUUGCGCAGACAGCCUUGGACGUGAGCUUGCAAGCACCGGCUUAGAGAUGCUCUUGGAUCACGUCUACGACACAGUGUUCUCCACGCUUCCUCCUCCGCGUUCCUUUACAGAGACCGCCAUCUAUCGUAUCCUGCAGAGGCGCUUUCUAGGCGUGCAGCUAAUCAUAUCCGGCAGAUUCCGAUGUCCAUCUGCUUGUGAAGUCCAGAGGUUCACCUCUUCCCAGAUGGGCGAUGUCUAUAUACCAUCCUGUGGUGACAACGGAGGCUAUGAGCCCAUCCAAUGCCAAGUGGGAGGACAGUGCUGGUGUGUGGACUCCAAGGGGCGUGAAAUCCCUGGGUCCCGGACAGUGGGAGAGUCUCCAAAAUGCAGUAACAUCCAGGACUGCACUGUGAGAAGAAGACAGGUCCUCUCCAGUUUGUUGUAUGGACCUACAGGACACUUUGGUGACCGCAGCGUGUUCCUAACUCAAGAAGAGGACUUAGGAAGAAAAAUAAGCACAAAAUUCUGCCCGUCUUACGUGGUGGAAUCCUUCUUCAAUUCAGGGCUUCGGCUUCUAGCUGGCACAGAGGCCCAAGGCUUGAGGCUUCAGCUGGAAAGUUUCAUCAGUGACAUGAUUGGGGGACUCUUCACAUCCAAAGAACAGAUACAACUCGCUCUGCAGUUCACGUCUAACCCUGUACGAUUUCAACAGAACCUAUUUGGAGGAAGAUAUCUAAGAAACUUGGCUUCAUUCAACUUCACAGGGGCAAUCGGUACAAGGAGCAAAUUCAGUUUCAGUGAGCUUUUCCAGCAGAUUGGCUUAACGGGGAUGUACAGCGGAGGCAAUUUCAGGGAGCUUGCUAAACUGUUUUCCUCAGAGGAAGACUCUUACUUAACCAAAGAGUCAUCAAACUUCUCGAAACCAGACUUUAACCUGAACCAACCGAUAUCAACCAGCUUUGGACGCACAGUAAAUCUGCAGGAAAACCGGGACCGUGCAGCCUUCUUUUCAUCCAUUUUAGAGCUUAAAGAGUUUUCAAAAUUUCUUCGAGAUGUUAUUUCCAUUCCUCCAGACAUUGCAGAAGAUGUCUAUGAGGCGGUGAAGAUCAUUUUGGGGUCUAAGGACUGUGAGAAGAGACAGACUGGCGUAUUUGUUCCCACAUGUACAAAGGAGGGCAGAUACGAGCAAAUCCAGUGCAGAAAAUCAGACUGCUGGUGUGUCGAUGACCAGGGUCAGGAAAUUCAAGGAUCGAGGACACAGGAUAGGCAACCAAGGUGUCCCUCAAAGUGUGAGAUGGAACGUCAAAGACAAAUCAUCUUUGGGAAGAGUCAGCCCGCUGGGUCAGAGGUGUUCAUUCCGGCAUGUAAUCAUAGAGGGGAUUACUUACGGGUGCAAUGUGCCGGGAAACGUUGCUUCUGUUCUGAUUUGGAGGGCAAGAACAUUCCGGGAACUGAAAGGCUUUCGGGAGAGAAUAUCCAGUGCCCAAGCUACUGCCAGCUGGCUGCCAGCAAGGCGUUCCUACAGGCCACAAGCUCUCUGUUGACCAAACCUCCCACCCUACCCGAAGAUGUUUACAUCCCGCAGUGCUCCCCUAGUGGAGAAUGGAGAAUGGUGCAAUGCAGUGGCCCGACUGAGCAAGCAUUUGAAUUAUACGAGAGGUGGACAACUCAGAACGAAAAUGCCUCGUUUUCUGAAACUCUCAGACUACUACUGAAAUACAAAGAGUCUUCGUCACAGAGUUUUCCCACCUUCGUGCAGGCACUUUAUGAUAACGGAUAUCAAAAUGUCUUCCCAAUUUUCACCAAGUAUUCCCAAUUUAGCGACGUUCCAGAAGACAUCUUGGCUGGGAAUGGGACCACCUUGUCAUCAGCCAAUGUAUUGCUGAACCCAUAUACUUUCUGGAGACUGUUGAGCAUGAGUAUCACUUAUUAUCCGGGGUCAUACAGCGAUUUCUCUGUACCGCUUGGACACUUCGAGAAACGGAACUGUUGGUGUGUGGAUAAGGAUGGACAGAAGAUUCCAGUCUCAGAAACCACGUCACACAAGCCUCCAAAAUGUUCCGGGACGUGUGCAUCAGCGAAACGGAAGACUUUGCAAUUCAUAGAAGAGGCCAAGAACAUAAUUAUUGCAUCAAAUGCGUCACACUUCCCUUUGGGUUACAGCUUCUUACUGGCGAAUGGGAUACGUCUGUCACCCGGUGAUCUGUUGUACACAGACGAAUACAAGUCAUGGGCUAUGUUAUCUGAGGGGUUCUGGAAUAAAGAGACACAUUCCCUGCAACUAGCCGCCUACUCAACCCUUAAGAUUUUUUGGCAGAGCAGAUUUAAUUCCAAGGAGACGGCAGGGUUGUUAGAGCUCCCGUACACCCCUCAAUGUGAUGUGUUUGGGAACUGGGAGCCAGUGCAGUUCUAUCAGGGUACUGGUCAUUACUGGUGUGUGGAUGAUGAAGGAACUUACAUUACCGGCUCCCUGGCCAAGCGGACCACCAGCCCCCCACAAUGUCGGACAUCGUGUCAAAAAGCUAAAACAAACGCGCUGAUCUCCAGCUGGGUGCUUGGAAAGGCUUUAGCUACCAACACUGGCACAUCUGAUGCAUAUAGACCAAGCUGCACGGAGGCUGGGCAGUAUUUUACUCUGCAAAGAUCUGAGACAGAUUCCUGGUGUGUGAAUCCUAUAACUGGCAAAGUUAUUCUGACAAGUGCGACAGACAGCGUAAAAUGUCCUGGUUUUUGCACUAUACUGACAUCUGGAGAUAAUUUUCUGGGAGACGGGCCUGUUCCCAUUUGCGAUGGAAAUGAUAACCUGUCACGGGAGCAGUGUGAUCCAGAGAGGAACUUGUGUUACUGCGUCUUUGCAAAUGGAGAAGAAGCGGAGGGGACACAGGUCAUCAUGUCCCAAAAGUCAGGCCCUUCCUGCCAGGGUCCGGUGUGCCCACUUCCAUUCGGUGCCCAGGAUAUUGAGCACGGGUCUCUUUUCUGUGAGGAGGUUCUAGAGUCUGGAGAGAAGCUGCAGAAAUGUCAGGUUGCAUGUCACAAGGGUUAUAGGAAUGUCUUCUCCAGCCAUAUGUUUACUUGUGACCUGAAUACUCAACGCUGGGUCCCACAGCCGCCUCAUGUCCGGUCAUGUCGCAGAGUCGAGUCCUUCCACACUGCUCAGACUCAGGCCUGGUUCCAGAUCAUGCUCCCAACUGGUAAAAUGUGUACGGCUGAUUACUCAGGGUUACUACAAGCAUUUAGGACCUUCAUACUGGAUGAUCUGAAAUCCAGGGGAUUGUGCCAUAUUCAGGUAAACCGCUUUGGGAGCAGCGGAGAAGGAACAAUAUCUGUAUGCGAUGAUUCUACCAUAGAUGUUGAGUGCCUGUCUUCCAGCCGACUGGGAGUGAAUGUGACGUGGGCGGCUCAGCUGGGGGAUUUCCCAGAAUCCUCUGUGCCCAGUCUGCAUGACGUUGAAUCUGCGGUAGUUGCUGAGAAUCUGGUUGGACGUCUCUUAUCUGCCGUUAGAACUGGCGGCUACUCCCUGAAUUUAGAUUCCAAGCUGUUUACUGCAGAUAAGGCAGAUUUCCUCCCUCAAGACGCAUCUACACAAGUCCAAUUCAGCUGUGGAAAAGGAUUCCAGAAACUGAGGAAUUCAGACGCCAGGAAUGUGGGUGGCUGUGGGCUUUGUCCAGCCGGGAGUUACUCUGAGAAUGGGGGCUGCACGCCUUGUUCGCUGGGAUCAUAUCAGGAGAAGGCUGGGAGCAGUAGCUGCCAGAAAUGCCAAGUGGGCACUACCACAGUCUACGCGGGAGCUUACAAUCAGAGCCACUGUGUCACAAGCUGCCAGGUAAAUGAACGUGGGCUACGCUGUGAUGACAAGGGGCAAUACCUCCCGGCCCAGAGGGACCAGGCAACUAACAAGUAUUUCUGUGCUGCCAGCUCUGGGGAAAGGUUGCAGUGGACAGAGAGUGACCUGGAGCUCACAGAUGAUCAGUGCUUAGUGCUACGAAAGUUUGAGUUGGUUGCCAAGGAGAAGCUCAUGGUGAUUACCGAGGAUUCCGGAGCAGAUGUGUCCGGACAAGAUAAGCUGGAGAGGAAGCACCUGCUGGACUGUCUUGUUGAUUGCGCAAUGGAUGAGUCAUGUGACUACCUCACAGCGUCUGCAAAUCAAAGCGGAGUGUUCUGUCAGCGGUAUACGUGGGAUGGAUCUAAUAUCGCCUGCACCACUGCUAAUCAAACUCCUACUGCUCUGGGGAACUCUGCUGCUGUCAGUAUGGAGGGACUCCGCUGCCAGUAUAAGAUAAAACUCUCCAGUACAGACAACAUUACUGUAUACCGUAAAAAAGGAGAAGAAUUCAGCAGUCACAGAGACUUUACACGCACAGAAUUUGGGAACGCCCGUGCUGGGGUGUAUAGAACAAUGCAUCUCCCAGGAGGGGGAGCAACGAUUACCGAUGGGUAUUACUUAUGUCGUCAGAUGUGCGCAGAGGACGCCUGCUGUGAUGGCUUCAUACUCAGUCAGAUCAUCUUAAAUCAAGGCACCACGCUCUGCGGACUGCUGAGGUCCCCAGAUGUCUUGCUGUGCAGUGUCAGUGAUUGGAGCACAGGGUCUAGGCUGGGCGGUGAAGGUGUCUGCAGAGGGGUGAGAUCCAACAAGAAACAGAAGAUGUUCUCGUUCUUCUUAGGAGGACAAGAAUUCACCGGCAGCUAUUCUAUGUUGUCUCAGAGUAUCGGAAUGGUGGAAUAUAGUACGGAGCUCAGUGAUGAGACCAAAGCAGAAAUCCAGGCGCUGUUCUCAGUUUUCCAGCGGGUAUUCCUGCGAAGAGAUGUCGGUAAGGCAUUGGCCAGUGAUUCUGGAUGUCCCGGCUUAGACCCACGUGAGGAAGACGCAGCUGAGAGUUUAGGGUCCGUCACAGAGCUCUUCCUGCAGGUGAACACCAGUGAUGUUAUAGUCAAUGAGGACACUGUCGUGGCCAGCACAGAGUUCUGGAUCUCCAAAGCUGCCUUCUCCCUCAACCGGGCAAUGUCCUGGUGUCUUACCCGGUGCGCUGAAGAAGAGUCCUGGUGCCGUCUGGCGGAUUUACACGACACAGAGACGGAUUUCUUCUCAUGUAUCAUCUACCCAGACACCUGGAAUUGUGACGUUGUGACUACCCGCGCUCCUGCUAACUGUGACAUCACUCUCAGCAAUAAGCCGCAGUCCCUGUAUCGCAGGAGAGAGACCCUCGGUACCAAGGUGAAACAUUUCUACACCCCACUUCCAUACCGAAGGCUGACCGAGGUAUCUGUGAGAAACAGGAUCAUAGUGGCUGGGACAAGUGUUUCCAAGGGAUUUUUUCAAUGUGAACUCCAUUGCGAUGCUGAUCCGUGCUGUAAAGGGUUUGGAUAUAUGCAGAGACCUGGGGUGCAAGAGAGAACCUGUCUGAUGGUGGCCGGUCUGGGAAUACAGUCAUGUGCGGAAGACGCAGGAGCCGCAUGGCGUGUUAUGAACUGCAGCGCACCGGAUGAUGGGAUGGACACCGUGCCGUUUGGGUGGUACCAGAAGCCAGGUGAUGAAAAGACUGUUUCCCCGGCCCUGUGUCCGCCUGUCAAUGCCGCUCACAGUACAGAGCGAGACGUGUCUGUAGAGGACUGGGUGAUCCUGGACAGCGCCUCUGUGAUCAUCGAUCCUUCUCUCUCCAAGUAUGACACAGUGCGGGUCAGCAGGAGUUCCCCUAAUACGCUCAGCAAGGAUCAGCGCUAUUGUCUGUCAGAAUGUGCACGAGUUCAGUCUUGCGUCACCACUACUAUCAAUGUACAGGAUACGGCGAUAAAAUGUAUGUUUUACCCAGAAACACAAAUCUGCGACUACAGCCUGCAAGGUCAUCAGUGUCGCCUCAUGGUGAAGGAACCAGCCACGUACAUCUACAGGAAGAGAGCCCCUACACGAACUUCAGCAUCAGUGACCCUUUCUCAUGGCGCUGUUUUGGGAAAACCCCAAUCCGUACUGAUUGGAUCGGAUGUUAAGAACGUGAAUCAGUUCCUGGGUGUCCCGUAUGCAGCUCCGCCCACUGGCGAGAACCGCUUCCGUCCUCCACAGCCGUUUACCUGGGCAGGUACAUGGAAUGCCACCUCAACCAGGUCCAGCUGCCUGCAGCCCGGCGACGGGAAGGCUCAGUACGCCUCUGUCAGUGAAGACUGCUUGUAUCUAAAUCUGUUUGUUCCUCAGAAUUCUAGAAUGGACGCAGCUGUCUUGCUGUACUUCCACAACAGUCCCAGUGAUUACAGCGAGAAUGGUAAGACGUUUAUCGAUGGCUCCUACCUGGCGGCAAUCGGGGAUGUUAUCGUGGUAACUGCUAGUUACAGAAUUGGCGUCUUUGGUUUCUUAAGAGCAGGUGACUCUGUGCCAAAUGGCAACUACGGCCUACUGGAUCAGACCGCAGCCCUGGCGUGGGUCCAGGAAAAUAUUGCUUAUUUCGGAGGUGACCCCGAGCAGAUUACCAUCACUGCCGACGGAGCGGGUGCUGACAUUGCCAGCAUCCACUUGUUGUUACCACAGGCGAAACCCUUCAGACGAGCUGCACUCUUGGGUGGCUCUGCUUUUUCCCCAAUGCUGAUCGUAAGUGAGAGAAGAGCCCAGGAACAAGUAAAGUCUUUGCUGGAGGAAGUGGGAUGUUUAUCCGGAGGAGACAAGGACACUUUGGAAUGUUUGCGCAAAGUUGACGCCAACGCGCUGAAUGCGGCACAGACCAAGCUUCUUGUUGUCCGGGGACCUUUCCAAACCUGGGGGCCUGUUGUGGAUGGUGCCUAUCUGCUGGACACACCCUCAGGACUGUUGGAGCAGAAGCCGCCUCGGAAUAUGGACCUGUUUAUUGGAAGUACUGAGAGGGAUGGUCUGAUCAGCAGGGCUAAGGCCAUUAAGAGGUUUGAAGAAACUCAAGGAAGAGGCGAUGGAAAAAUGGCUUUCUACCGUGCUCUCCAGAAUUCCUUAGGGGGAGAGGAGGUGAAUAAGCUGGUUCAGGAGGCAGCCGUGUGGUUCUACUCUCUUCAGCAUUCCACCGAUGACUAUUCCAGUUUUUCCAGAGCUUUGGAAAAUUCUACACGGGACCAUUUUAUAGCCUGCCCUGCAAUCAGGAUGGCCCAGCACUGGUCUGAGAAGCUGCGGGGCAGCGUCCACAUGUACUAUGUUCCCGAAACCUUCGCGCAGAGCAGCACUGGCCUAGAUCUCCCGGAAGACGUUAUAUACGCAUUCGGAAUUCCUUUCCACUCUAACUAUAGGAAUCAGUUCUACGCAGAGGAGCAAAGUCUUUCCUUAAAGAUCAUGCAAUACCUGGCUAACUUUGUAAAGACCGGGAACCCUAACUUUCCAUAUACGUACUCAAGGAAAAGGAAUCCCGCGUUACCGUCCUGGACUGAGUACCUGAGUCACAGCCAGGGGGAUAACUACAAGGAGUUUACUAAACUUCUACCCAGUCUCCGGGGUCUGAAGAAGGCUGAGUGCUCGUUCUGGAACGACUACAUCCCCGCGCUUAAACUGUCUAUGAAUUUACAGACUGGAUCUGCGUCUACCAAAAAUAGCUUUAUAGGGGGAUUAAGAUCUGCAGUCACACACAGCGCCCUGAAGCAGCGUACAGACUCCUACUGAAGACAGGUGGCGCUAGUUCCCCAUCCGGCUGCCAUGCCCGGGUCCACGGCACAGCGCAUUUGUAAUAAUAAUAGUCACUUGUCUGAUUGUGCAUUGUUUGCAGCCAUAAAGAAGUGAUUGUCUCAUUCAUACAAUAAACUGAUUUACAAUGUA